CUUUAUUCUUCAAGUAGCUCCAGCCUCAAGCAAAGAAGCAGCCAGCUACAGAUGCCUUGGCUAAAACUAAAGCAACCCCUGCACUGCACUGCAUACCAGCAAGUCCUUCUGCUAUAGAUCUGCACACAAGGCACGGACAUAACUAUCUCUUGCGCUCUUCUGGUAUAAGUAACUACUAGGUGCCAUCCGGAGGUGCAGAUCGAUCGAUGGGUUAGAUGUCUGGUUUGCUGGGCCUCCAUUGAAAUACUAGUCGUCAUGCCUCGACAGAGGAUUUUCCCGAAUACUAUCAAAGAAGCCGUGCAAGAGAUAAUCCCCUAUUUGGAGGAUACGAGCAAUGCUGCACACAAGGCCAUAUAUUUUGAUGGAUGGGAUGGGAUGGCUGCUUCGGUGGUGCUUAGAGCCAUAGUUGAAGACCCGCCACCGUCACUGCUGAAGAAAUUCGACAAGAUCAUCCAUGUUGAUUGCUCGAAGUGGAAAAGCCAAAGAGCACUCCAAAGGACAAUCGCACAAGAACUGAAGCUCCCUCAUCGGGUAAUGGAUAUUUUGGAUAGGCAAGAUGAAGAUGAUGAUUUCAGAGGGGUAGAUGAAAGCUCCAGAGCUGAGAUUGGAGUCAUUGCGAGGGAGCUACAUAAAGCCCUACGAGAACACAUAUGCUUAUUGGUCUUCCAUAAUGGCAGCAACAAUUUGGUUGACUUGGCUGAUUGUGGCAUUCCUCAACCGCCUAUCUUUGAUGUUAAGGUAUUGUGGACAUUUCGAGGAAGGCUUCGGCUCAACCAAGGAAUUAGUGAGAAGGUGGAUCCUUCGCAUCUUUUCCUUUAUGAUGAGUACAGUACUUACGGGUGGAAUUAUUUGCUUCAAAUAGAGGCUAGAGAAAUUGCUGGGUACACGGAUAAUCUUGGUGCAGCAGCAGCUACCGAGUGUUGCUUGUAUCUCUUGUCAUUAAAUUCUCAAGGAGGCAAUAUCAUGGACUAUGACUGGGCCACACAUGCUUCCAACUAUUGGGUAUGUGAUGGGAUUAUACAGGGAGGUCAGGGUGAUGAAGCAUGGAAGGUUGCUGCUGCUCUGCAUCAACAUAUAGAUAUGGAGGAUUAUGCAUCUAAUGCACUGCCCUCUUUUGGUCAUCGGUUGGAGACUCCUCCGAAACGAUGGAUAUUGGCCAAGGACAGCUCUGUUGUGCAGCCAGAGUCAACGUCAUUUUUCCUCACUGCAGCCGCAAGCGAGUCUGAUCCAUUGUUAAGACCCUUACCUAAUGACAUGUUUCAUCAAUCGGACAAACUUCGGGUGCUCAAGUUAUGUCAUUGCACCUUCAGUUUUUCCUCUCCUCCUUUUAGUCGUUGCCACAAGUUGAGAUUCCUUGGAUUAGAUGGCUGCAAGGACCAGCGAGCAGAAGAAGAUGAGAAGCAAGAUAUGGAUUUUUUGAAGAGCCUAUGGGUGAUAGACAUACAAAAUACAGACUGGCAUCUGCCUUCAUCACCAGAGAUGAUAAAGCAGAUGGCUGCAAACAUUAGGGAAGUACAUAUAAAGAAUGGAAUGUUUUGGCACAUCAUUUUUGCAUUGGGACAGCCACAAAAUCUUCACAAGCUUCGCGUUAUUGACCCUACAUGCUGCUCUUUGGAGACAGGUUUGCCCAGCUUGUCAAGUUCAACUAGCCUCAAGACUCUGGUUCUAGAUGGUCGUGUUGGUUUGAAAGUUAUAGAAGGACUCCCUCCAUCCCUUGAAUCAUUCAGCUUAGAUGCCAGACCAAAAAAGGAUGGUUACAAGGAAGCCAAAAUAAGUCGCAUCUCCAUGGCUGGCUGUGCAAGAUUGUCUGACUUCACACUGCGUGGAUCACUUCCAAACCUUGAGGAGCUGGACCUCUCAGGCACAGGAGUCAAGACACUUGUCCUUACAACUCAGGUGGUGCUGGCCCCAUGUCUCCAGCGAGUCAUGCUGUUGGGAUGUGAGCAACUCCGUGCUGUGCUUUGGCCAGAAAUGGGGAUGCCCCAACUAAGUUUGCUCUGCAUUGACACUCGAGGAGGAGAAGAGGUCGGAAGAAUACCACCUGGUUUUGAUAAGUUAAAAAAGGGUGAUUGUCAAGCAUAUGUUGCUAUGAUGGACAUGAAAUUCAUUCAGUUAUUGGUGCUAACAAGUUCCAAUAUGUUUUGGAACACUAACAUUGAUAUGUUCAAUCUAAAUCUCUGCAUAUCUGCAAGUGGACAGUGGCGCAAUAAGAAGAAUAUGGACUCUGAUAACAGUGGGGAAAAAUUGGGGCCAGCCCUAGCAAAGCCAUUAAUGUCCAAUUCUUCUCACAACCCCUACAUUGAUGCAGGUAUUGACAACAUAAGUAUAGAUCAUGACUACAACAGUGCAUCCCAAUUUCAGUCAUCGACCUACCAUGUGGAGAUUGGUGAUGGAAUUAGCAACACUUGUGUCGAUAGCAUACAAGCAACCAAGGCUAUGAUCUUUGCAACGAACAAGGCCAAGUCGUUGUGUGUGCAUGACAAUUCUUCCAUCACCACAGUCAUCCCAGAACACAUGAUGUCCAUAGAGGGAGAGAAACUUUUAUGGCUAGAACUGGAAUCUUGUCACGUGGUGAGAUGCCCCAAGAUGCAUACAGUCUUCAAUACUAUCUAUGGAUACAUCAGAUUUCCAAAACUAGUGAACUUUUGUGCGGCUGAUCUGCUGAUGACCCAUUGCAUUUGGAGCAAAGAGAGGACACUCAAUGUUGAAGAUAAUCGCUCCUUUGCGAAACUGCAGAGCAUACACCUGUUCUCCUGCCCGAGGCUCACAUUUGUCCUCCAGUGGUCCAGGUUAUACAUCUUGAGUAGCCUGGAGACCCUCCACAUCGUCUUCUGUGGUGAUCUAAGGCAAGCGUUCCCUGUGGCGCCAGAGGUUCUGACAAGAAUAGCUAACUACCAUAAAGGUGUACUGGAAUUCCCAAACCUGAAGCAUAUCUACUUGCAUCAGCUCUUCAAGCUGCAACAUAUAUGUGAAGCCAAGAUGUUUGCUCCCAAGCUGGAGACCAUCAGGGUGAGGGGAUGCUGGGGUUUGAGGCGGCUCCCGGCUGUCGGCCGAGACAACCGCCCAGUUGUGGACUGCGAGAAGGAUUGGUGGGAGAAGUUGGAGUGGGACGGGCUGGAGGCUGGCCAUGACCCUUCCCUCUUCAAGCCACGCCACUCGGCGUAUUACAGGAAGCCCCUGCCUAGAUGCUCAGUUCUGUGUGUGUUUCCUUCCUCAAGAAUAAAGUGGUGCAUCAAGGCUUAAUCGUUUUGUGUGUGUCUCCAUGCAAAGGACUUAUGUAUCAUUGUUGGUGUGGUUUGUUUUCUGCUCAUGUGUGUGUUUUCUCAAGACAGAUUCAGUACAGCAGCAUGUGUACCUUGUUGGAAUUAACCACGCUGCCUAGUCUGUGUCCGUCUCGGACCAGAACACAUCACCGAGUAGGGCUUGUAGUGGUACGCUAGAUUAGCUACUAUAUAUAUAAUCCUAUGUAUCCCCUGUAAUCUUGUACUUAGACCAGUUGUGUACGUGUGUGUGCCACCGUAUACUAAGGCGUCUGUAGUCUACACGCGCGUUGCUGUGGCCAAAAGGACCGGCCAGGAUUUUAGAAAGUACUUCGACGGGCAGCAUCGACGUACGGGAUCUGUGCCAACAUACCUAUGCUGGACUGAGAAUGCCAAAAGAUCUUGGUGUGAUGUACGUACAUGGAUUAUUAUAUCAACUGAGUACGUAUUUAUUUAUUUGGUUCCAUUACCUAGAGAUUGAUCUCAAUCUCCUUUCCUUGCAAUCCAUCUCCGUCUUCCUAUUUUCACAGAUAAUCUGCAUCUUUCAUAAUCCUGAUCGUUCUUAACCUGAUUGCUAGCGCCUAGUAUGCAUCUCCUGCUCCUGUUAUUAAUGAUCCAAUAUUGGGUCUCCAUAGUACCCAUAAUUGGUUGAUAAUUGAUCAAUUGGACAUUGUUUGACCUAUAAUAUAUUAUAUGGGAUUCGUCUUUUUUUUGGUGUGUGUUCGACCGACGUGAUGAGCGAUAAGAUUUUA